AUGGCAGAAGUCCAGAAGAAGCUCCAGGAGUUGACCGAGAGCUACCAGGGCCUGCAGACAGAGCUCGGAACGGCCGUAGACGCUCGCCAGAAGCUUGAGUCACAGCAGCAGGAGAACACCACCGUGAAGAAGGAGUUUGACAUUCUCGACGACGAUGCGAACAUCUACAAGCAGAUUGGCCCAGUGCUACUGAAGCAAGACAAGACCGAGGCGCUGAUGUCAGUGAACGGACGUCUGGAGUUCAUCGAGAAGGAGAUCAGGCGGUUCGAGACACAGAUCAAGGGCAUCCAAGAUAAGAGCGAGAAGGUGAAAAUCGAGGUAUGGGUCCCAAACCUGUGCAGGCUGAGCUCGGUGGACUGACCACUUUUACAGAUUAUCCAGAUACAAAACGCCGCACAACAGCAGCAGCAAGCACAAGCAGCAGCAUAG